UUGAUCUCGAGUCAGGUUCAACGAAAAACAUUCAAAUAUAUAAACCAGUGUUUACUUAAGAUUUUCUAACUAGUUUUGUUUGAACUAGUCGUUGUUGAAUAAUCCUGUUCUGGUCAUUUCUCGGGAGCGUAUUUUCGUAAGCAUGAAUCCGGAGAAGGUUGCGUUACUUAAGCAAUUUGUUGAUCUACUGAAAGAGAAGCCUGAAGUCCUUAAUACCCCUGAACUGUCGUUCUUCAAAGACUGGCUCAAAAGUCUUGGGGCUAAUGUUCCUGUUUCACAAGACAACCGACCCACUGAAAAUUCAUUCUCAGACGACUCUGGUGCAGAUGAGACCUCGGAAUCUGAAAUAGAGUUUGAUGAUGAAGUGCUACCAAAGGAACCUGUCCCGGACCUAGCUAUGGGUGACGAUUCGAUAGAAGUGACUGAUGAAAUGAGAGAAAAAGCAGAAGGAAAGAAAUGUGAAGCAAUGGCCAAAAUGUCUGAUGGGGAUCUUACUGGGGCUGUUGACCUGUUUACAGAAGCAAUUAAGCUAAACCCACAGUCCUCACUGUUUCAUGCCCGACGUGCAAGUUGCUUUGUACGAAUGAAAAAGCCGUCCCAUGCUAUUGCAGAUUGUGAUAAGGCUAUUUCGUUAAACCCCGAUUCUGCACAACCUUACAAAUGGAGAGGAUUUGCUAAUAAAAUGAUAGGCAAUUGGGAAGCCGCCUAUCAGGAUCUACAGACAUCUUUGAAGCUAGACUACACAGAUGAUGCCAAUGAAGCAAUAAAGGAAAUCGAACCAAAGCACAAACGAAUCUUCGAACAUAACAUGAAGUAUGAGCGUAAACGACAAGAAAAGCUAGAACGAGAAAGACGCGAACGUAUUCGAAAAGCACAAGAGGAGCGUGAACGAGCCCAGAGAGAUACAGAAAAACCCGAUUUUGACAUUCCAGAUAGCGGUAACAUUCCAGGCAUGAACAAUAUGUUUUCACAACUGUUCAAUGAUCCAGAAUUGAUGUCUGCUAUUCAGGACCCGGAAGUAAUGAAAGCAUUUAGCGAAGUAUGUUCAAACCCGGCUGCCAUGGAUAAGUACAAAAACAACCCCAAGGUAAUGAAGGUCAUUGAGAAGAUGAAGAAUAGAUUUAGUGGUGGUGGUAUGCCCGGAGGUAUGCCUUUCGGAAUGGGUGGGGCCGGGUUCAAUAUGCCUAACCAGUCAUGUCCAGGUGUACCGUUGCCAAACGAUUGGGACUUAUGCACCCAACCAAAUUAGAUUCGGAACAUUUAUGAUUAUUUACGACUGCUCUUGCUGAAAUCUGAGCAUUCAAGAUAAGCGUUUGGCUUCUGUUUAACGAAGUUCAUUUCACCGGAUUGUCAGCAUUAAUGUAGUGUGAAAAAUAAACUUAUGCCGUAAUAUAGUAAACCCAUUUUCUGAUUGAUUGCUCCCCUAUUAUAAAAGCAAUGUAACUACCAGAAGUAAUCGUACUUUGAAAACCACCGGUAGAAUUCGUGGUGAAAUGAAUCGUCAGGAACGGUCUGAAUCCGUAUUGAUACGCCCAUUAUUCGUACCACAAAUCUGCACUAGAUAUUUGUAUAACAAACGCUAAAUACAGUGAUAUGUCGUUAAAUAUUGGUUCAGUUCGUGGUCAAAUACAUGUUGGAUGAUAAAAAUUUGUAGAUGAAGUGGUUUUUUUAGUGGUAUGUGAUUUAAUGACGAACUUUUUAUUAUCUCCCUGAGCUCGGCCAGCGCACCAUCAUUAUGUGUAGGUUUAUUAACUAUGGGCAAGCCACUGAUGCUUUAAUUAGCUGUCUCGAUAAUGAGUGACCUUGUCAGUUUAGAAAUCAAUGUGUUGUGUCCAAUAAUAUGAACAAAUACAAACUUAAUUCAUGUUUAUUUAAAUUAUCUCAAACCAACCUAGAG